AUGCAUAAUAUAACGCACACCACUUCGGAAGGCGGAGUUCCCGGUACGCAUCCUGCCUGGCCAACAGGACAGGAUAAUUGUGACAAAUGCCUCGAGGCGGAAAAUGAAGUCGGAGACACAUACAAGGAGGCUCUGGCAUACAUCCGAGCGAAGUCUCGCGAACAAGGCAUUGAUGCUGCAUUGAGGCAUCCUGAAGGUAUCCUGGACGGCCUUCUUGUGCCUAUCUCGGUUGAUGGUGGUGUGAGUUGCUCAAUCGCAGCAAAAGCAGGAUACCCGAUGAUCACUAUUCCGAUUGGUGUUGGCGGUGACGGACUGCCUUUCGGCAUUUGGCAUCAUACAGACAGCACGGAGGGAGGACCUGUUGCUUAA